AUGCCGCAAGUACGCAAUCCCAUCCUGCCCGGCUUCAACCCCGACCCCUCCAUCCUCCGGGUCGGGGAGGAUUACUAUAUCGCCACAUCAACUUUCGAAUGGUAUCCUGGAGUACAGAUACACCACUCCAAAGACCUAGCAAACUGGGAACUAGUCGUGCGACCAUUGACGCGAAAGAGUCAGUUGGAUAUGCGAGGAGAUCCAGAUAGUUGCGGUAUCUGGGCACCGUGUCUUUCUCAUGACGGCGAUAAAUUCUGGCUCGUUUACACAGAUGUCAAACGCAAAGACGGCUCGUUUAAAGAUGCGCAUAAUUAUAUCGUGAACGCCCCGAAAAUUGAAGGACCAUGGUCGGAUCCUGUUUACAUCAAUUCGUCCGGAUUCGAUCCAUCGCUGUUUCAUGAUGAAGAUGGCAAGAAAUGGUUUGUCAAUAUGAUGUGGGAUCAUCGACGUCGGCCUCGGUUGUUUGCUGGAAUCGCACUUCAGGAAUUCGACCCAGUGGAGGGUAAGCUGGUUGGGAAACGGGCCAAUAUCUUCCAAGGCACUGAAUUGGACCUUGUGGAAGGCCCGCAUUUGUAUAAACGCAAUGGGUGGUACUACCUACUCACUGCGGAGGGAGGGACUGCUUACGAACACGCUUGUACUUUCGCCCGGUCACGAAGUAUUUGGGGUCCAUAUGAAGUACAUCCUCAAAAACAUGUUGUGACGUCCAAGAAUGCUCCAUUUGCAGCCUUGCAGCGAUCUGGGCAUGGAAGUAUAGUUGAGACUUCGGAUGGGCGUCCUGUAGGUCAGGACCGACGCUGUGUGCUUGGACGAGAGACUGCUAUCCAAGAAGGAUACUGGAAGGACGAUUGGUUCUAUGUAAAGAACGGACCAGUUCCCUCAUUGUACACGGAAGUCCCAGGUGUACGUGAUGAUAAGGUUUACUGGGAAGAGAAAAAUUACAAGUUUGACAACAAGGAGCUUCAUAAGGAUUUUCAAUGGCUGAGAACCCCGGAACCAGAUCGAAUCUUCUCUACCGAAAAUAGGAAGCUCACUCUUAUUGGGAGAGAGUCUAUAGGAUCCUGGUUCGAACAAUCCUUAGUAGCACGGCGACAGACCCAUUUCUCUUACGACGCAGAGACCGUGAUUGAUUUCUUACCAGAAGAUGAGCGACAAUUCGCAGGUCUAGUAGCCUACUACUCCAGAUACAAUUUCUUCUACUUGGCUGUCACGGCACACUCGGACGGGGAACGUGAGAUAUACGUUAUGAGUUCGGAGGCUUCUUGGCCUGAUGGUGAUCUGGCAUUCCCAGUACAACCGAUUAAAAUUCCCAGAACUGGCAAGGUUAAACUUGCCUUGGCUAUUCGCGGUGGUCAAACCCUACAGUUUUCGUACGCUGUGGAAGGGGGGGAAUUGCAGAAAAUUGGCAAGGUAUUUGAUGCUUCCAUGUUGUCCGAUGAGUGUGGAGGACACCAGGCACAUGGAAGUUUUACGGGUGCAUUUGUUGGCGUGGCAUGUUCCGAUCUCAAUGGUACAGCAAAACGGGCAGAUUUCGACUAUUUUACAUAUAGGCCGGUGCAAGACGUCGCUGAUCGCUAUGAAAUUUAGUGAUUCAACCAACGAGCAGGCGAUUUUGUUAGCAAACAGUACCUAGGUAUUCAUACAAGUUUCUUUUCUAUCAAGGCAGUCCUGGAGGGAGACAAAUCAUGUUACGAUUUACAUUAGGCAGCUACCUAUAGGAUUAGCCAGACGUUGGUGCGUCAUAUCAUUAAAGAGCCGUUCA